AUGAAGUUUAGCAUUUCAUUAUUAGCUUUCAGCUACGGCUGCUUGUCACUCGCUGCUUCCGCUACGGAAGAAACUCGAGCAGUUGCAGUAGACAAGCCCAAUGUGCCACUCAGUUCCUCGAGCCGUUGGAUUCUUGACUCUGCCGGAAAGCGACUCAAACUGCGAUGUAUCAACUGGGCAGGCCAUAUGGAGGCCAACGUCCCCGAGGGUCUCAACAAGAAACCCAUUGAGCAAGUUGCCGACUGGAUUGCUAAGCAAGGCUACAACUGUGUCCGAUUAACUUACUCAAUCGAUAUGGCGCUCAACCCGACACUCAAGGUUCAAGACUCAUUCCGCGCGGCAGCCGCAGCAGCCGGCGUUGCUGAAGCCGACAUGAUGCGCUUAUACAACACUGCUGUCCAAAAGAACCCUUUCCUCUCUGGCGCCUCGGUCCUCGACGUCUUCGACAGGGUCCAAUCUGCCCUCUGGGACCGCGGCGUCAUGACCAUCCUCGAUAACCAUGUCAGCAGGGCAGGUUGGUGCUGCGACUUAUCAGACGGCAAUGGCUGGUGGAGUGACGCCAAGUUCUACCUCGCCGCCAACAGUCGAUAUUUUGACACACAAAAGUGGCUCGACGGCCUCAAAGCAAUGGCUACAUGGAGCGCAUCUCGCCCCGGUAUCGUAGGCAUGUCUCUCCGCAACGAGCUGCGCGCUCACGUCAUCCAGAUCCCCUGGGCGGCCAACACCUGGCUAUCCUACAUGCCUCGUGCAGGAAACAUUGUGCACGCAGCGAACCCCAAGCUCCUCGUCAUCGUGGGGGGCAUCAACGGCGGGACAGACCUCUCCCCCCUCAAAAACGGCAACAUGAACCUCGGAAACUGGGCAAAUAAACGGGUCUGGGAAGCCCACGUCUACAGCUUCACAGUUGUGACUCCCAGCCUGGGUAGUUGCGAUAUUCGAAAGGCAGAAUUCGGUGGCCUGUUUGGAUUCGUACUUGAGCAGAACAAGGCUACCACGGGGCCCCUGUUUCUCUCCGAAUUCGGUGUUGGCAUGACCGGUGGCCCGCACGAUGGAUUGAAUGACGAUGACAAUGAUUAUCUUACUUGUCUGGUGGGAUACAUGGAAAACAAUGACGCAGACUGGGCUCACUGGGCUGUUCAGGGAUCGUAUUAUAUCCGCGACAAGGUAGUAGACCAGAACGAGACGUGGGGUGCUUUAGACUACGACUGGUCGGACUGGAGAAACCCCAAGUUCAAGGGCAUGUUGGGUAAAAUGUUUGACGUUACUCAGGGACCUUGA